AAGACAAUGAGUCCUCCGACAACAACAGUUCUGGAGAUGAGGAAAAUAACCGGCUGAAUGGAAACAACUCCGAUGGUGGCAACAUACGAGAAGGUACAACCGCUCCCCCUACUGCUACCGCUCAUUUGUCAUGCAAAAUCCCAAUAUAUGCAGUCGCUCUCGCUGCCUCAUAGUCAUAUCACUACAGUUUGCGUAACAAAUUCCGGAACAAGCCGAAACAGUACUACACUGGGCGCACCAAAUUUGUCAUGCGUAGGCUUUACGCGUGCUGGUGUUUGUAUUCGUAUUGCUGUACAUGCUAAAAAAAUGAUGGGGAGGCGGGGAAGUCCGAGUUGUGCAUCUUCAUACAAGAAUUCUGACGACGAGAACGAUAACGCGAACAAACCGAGGCUGGAGCAGAUCCAGGAGGAGGACUCCGCCGAAGUGGAACUGGAAGACGCGUCCGAGCAAUUCGCGAACGCUGGGGGGGCUGGCGGGUUAUCCGGG